AUGGCGGCUCCCCUCUCCACGAUGAAAUUUUGGAAGCCGGGGUCUGAGGCACCAGGGAUCUCGGAGGAGCGGGAGCUCAACACAGAGACCACCGGCUCCCCGAUCAUCUUCAACCCGCACACCGCCCUCUCCAUCGAGAAGCAGCGACAGAAACUCCCCGUUUUCCAGCACAGAAACAACAUCUUGUACUUGUUGGAAAGCUACCAGACUGUCAUCAUAGUUGGUGAAACCGGAUGCGGGAAGACAACACAGAUACCUCAGUACCUGCUGGAAGCUGGCUGGGCAGCAGAGGGGAAGGUGAUUGGAGUGACACAGCCUCGACGUGUGGCUGCUAUCUCUGUAGCCAACCGUGUUGCAGAGGAGCGGGGGGCCCUGCUGGGACAUGAAGUGGGCUACACCAUCAGGUUUGAUGACUGCUCUGAUCCCCACGCCACGAGGAUCAAGUUUCUUACAGAUGGCAUGUUGGUGCGAGAGAUGAUGGCGGAUCCUCUUUUGAAAAAAUACAGUGUGUUGAUGCUAGAUGAAGCACAUGAGAGGACCCUGUAUACAGACAUAGCCAUCGGUCUACUAAAGAAGAUUCAGAAGAAACGGAGAGACCUGCGGCUGAUCGUGGCCUCUGCCACUCUGGAUGCCAAGAAAUUCCACGAGUUCUUCAACCUGAAUGAGUCUGGGGAUCCCAACAAGGACACGUGUGGGAUUCUGACAGUGGAGGGACGCACCUUUCCAGUGGACGUCUUCUACACUGUCAGUCCUGUCCCAGACUAUGUGAAGGCCACAGUGGAGACAGUGUUGAAGAUACAUGAGACAGAGGAUGAUGGAGAUGUCCUGGCUUUUCUUACCGGGCAGGAAGAGGUGGAGAAGGUGGUGUCCCUUCUGCAGGAACAGGCCAGGUCUUUGUCCCGAUACGGCAUGAAGAAACACCUGAGAAUUCUGCCAAUGUAUUCUGGUCUACCGUACGCUGACCAGAUGAAGGUGUUUGAGCGAACGCCCUCCUCUGUUCGCAAGGUGGUGGUGGCCACUAACAUAGCUGAGACAUCCAUCACCAUAAAUGGAGUUGUAUUUGUCAUCGACUGUGCAUUUGUGAAGCUGCGAGCCUAUAAUCCUAGCACUGCCAUUGAAUCACUGGUGGUAACUCCCAUCUCUAAGGCUUCAGCCAGCCAGAGAGCCGGGAGGGCCGGAAGAAACCGGCCUGGGAAAUGCUUUAGACUCUACACAGAGGAGGACUUUGAGAAACUACCCGCCUCCACUGUGCCAGAGAUGCAGCGCACCAAUUUGGCCCCUGUCAUCCUGCAGCUUAAAGCAUUAGGCAUUGACAACGUGCUGCGAUUCAGCUUCCUUUCACCUCCUCCAGCUCAGACCAUGGUUCAGGCUCUGGAACUGCUUUAUGCUCUGGGAGGUCUAGACCAUUACGGCCGUUUGACGGAUCCCAUGGGUGUGCGGAUGGCAGAGUUUCCUCUCAGUCCCAUGUUUGCCAAGAUGCUCCUAGAGUCCGGAAACUUUGGCUGCUCCAAGGAGAUUGUUACCAUAGCAGCAAUGAUGCAGAUUCAGAAUAUAUUUGUCGUGCCACCCAAUCAGAAGAAAGCUGCCGCCCGUGAGCACAGGAAAUUUGCAGUUGCCGAGGGAGACCACCUCACAAUGCUGAAUGUGUAUGAGGCAUUCAUUAAGCACCAGAAGAGCUCCCAGUGGUGUCAAGAACAUUUUCUCCAUUACAAAGGUCUGCUGAGAGCCGUGACUGUACGAGAGCAGCUCCGACGUCUCAUGAACAAGUUUAAGGUGCCCCGGACUUCCAGUGAAGGCGACCCUGAUGUGAUCUUGAAGUGCAUUGUGUCUGGGUUUUUUGCUAAUGCAGCCCGCAUUCACCAUUCUGGUUCCUACCGGACUUUAAGAGACGACCGUGAGCUACACAUCCACCCCAACUCUGUGCUGUUUGGAGAGAAACCACCAAAAUGGGUUGUUUUCAAUGAAGUGGUGCAGACAUCAAAAUACUACAUGCGUGAUGUGACUGCCGUUGAGUCAUCCUGGCUGGUUGAGUUGGCCCCUCACUUUUACAAGCAGGCGAAGCAUGGUUCACUUGCCAGCAAGAGAUCCAGAGUCCUCUAAAUCUUGCCAGCUUUUCACUACUAUAAGACUCAUUAAAUUAACAGGAGAAACCCCCUUUCAAUUAGCCACUGUGCCCCUCUCCAUUUCAUUGUAUAUAAGGAUGUAAUAUAUAUUUCAUCUCCAUGUCCACAUGUACAACCCCUCCAUACUAUGUGGCCAUACUAGAAUGGGAUUUAGAGGUAUAUUUUUAGUGUUGAUGUUAAUAAAUGAAAGUGUCUGUCUUGCUUUUUGACAGAGAUAUAGUUUAUAUUUGAUCUGUGAGAGUGAAUGGCGAUGAAUGUGAAUGAGCGCAGGCUGUGCCUGACUUGAGCCCAUUCAAGCAUGGUCAUGUAGUUCAUCCAUACUUGUACAUAGUGAGAGCAGGCUCAGGUCCAGGGAGUGACUCCUGUGCUACAGGCCCGUCCAUACCUGGUUCUAGGCUUCAUUAUUUUUUUAAUUGCUGUAUUUUUUUUUCACUUUUGCAUGAUGAAUAAUGAAAGACAGUUGUACCGUAUGUGAGGAUGUUUCCCUUUGAGAGGCUUAUGAUUUAGGUGUUUUGGUUAAUUACUUCCCCCAUAACUUGGGUGCCUUUUUUUAUGUUUUAUUUUUUUCAGUCAACUUGCAUCUAAAUAAUGAUACUGUGUGCUUUGCUUUCAGAUCCUUGUUUUCCACUCUGUAUUGCCACUUAACUACAGUCUAGAUCAGACAUAGUGGCCUUUUCACCACUCUGUGCCAAUUUACUUCAUCAGCCUGUAUCACAUUUUACUUUCAGAUGGGAUGUGCGAAUACACCCACGCAUUAUAAAUGAAAAGCUGUGAAUUCAAAACAAAAAAAGUGCCAUGUGUACCUGUAAUGACAUAAAGUGCAUUCAGACAUACGUCCAAAGCCUCAAAGAAACAGUAGCAUUUAUCUAUUUUCAACCGUCUGUUUGGUCAUCAUAAUUGCCUUUCCUCUGAAGCUUUGUCUCAAUGUUGAAGCACAGCCUUAUUGUUUUGUUCCUUUUUACCAUCAACAUCGUCCACCAGGUGUUCAGUAAAGUGGCCAGUUACAGUAUUUGUGAUUUCCAUUCCAUAUUGUCGACAUGCAUACUACAUUUCUGCUUUUGUAUUUCACAUUUUGUUUCCUUCAGAGGUGUUUGGCCCUGAAAGUUUCAGUGAGCAGUAUCAUUUUACUCUGGGACUGGCUUUCAAACCAGUAUGAUCACUGUCACCAAAUUUUACUCAUGCCUGCAUGUUUUUUUCGUACAGUUCUUCAGGUUACUACUGUACUAGAUUCAGUGAAACUUAAUUAAACCACAGAAGAGCACAUCAUACAGUAGCUAGGUAAACCAACACAAAUUAGAUGGAUAUAGAAGUCAAGUACCCUUGCAUGUUAAAAGGUACUCUGAUAUAGAUCUAUACACUUAAGAUUACCUCCUAGUCUUAUUGCAAACAAAAACUUUUGCGAUAUGACUUGUUUAUUAUCAAUUGUGAUGGAACUCUGAAUAUGUAUGCAGCAGAAACAGUAAUCUGUAGACCUGUGUAAUUGCUCACCUCUGAGAUAAAAACUGUCACCUGCCAUUUCCUCCUCACAUCCUCAA